AGAGAGAUGAGGGAAGAGAGUGAGAGAGAGAGAAAGAGGUGGCAUGUAGCCAACAGAGAGGACAGGGAAAAGUUGUGAGAUAACCAGAGGGACGGGCAGGGAGAAGAAUCUGCUUCACUGGGGCUCUGCUGAAGAGAAUGAGCUCAGCAGCUAUUCCCCCCUGUCAGUCUGUCUCUCUAUGUCUCUGUCUGUCUUUGCAUUUGUCUCCCCCCUCUCCUCUCUAACUGUCUCUCGUCCUGGCUGGCUGCUAUGUGGCUGUCUCUGCAGUGAAAGUGCUGGCUGGCGGAUUCUCCUUGAGUGAACCCUGCCUGUGCGCAGUGAACGUUUGCCGCUCAGCCGCUGUCCUGUCCACACUGACUCAGCUGUGCAAGCAGCCUGCCGGCCUCUAGCUGAGCACCGGCUGCAGCAAGCAGUCUCUUCUACAGGAGAGCUGUGGGGGCUGGCAGGCAGGCUCACGACCCCGGGGACUGCUGUAGGCGCAACAUUGGGACGUGCCUUAUUUGGGGUCCAGACACCCAGAUAGCAGCUUCCCGGUUUAAUCCAGUAUAGCAGAGGGGACGAGCUGUGCUAAAGGAUAUUCUACUAGCUAUCCCAAAUCUGGACUAGAUCCUGCAGCAGUAUUUGGAGGACAUCUGGCUGCCAUGGAGGUCCAGUGGGUUGGGGUUGAACCCCCGAGGCUGGGCCCUCCGCACACAGCUGUCGGGCUGAUAUUCUCUGUGCUGCUUGGUAUGUGGUCAGCUCAGGCCUUGGAGAUGUCCGUGGGGAAGAUUCCCUUCCUGGAGGCAGUGAACGGCAGCACAGUGAUGUUACCUUGCACAUACUCCAGCUGUAUUGGUAUCAAGAACCUCUACUUCAGCUGGCAAUUCAACAACAACGGCACCAUGCAGAGGGUGUGUGACUCAGUGAUACCUUCAGAGGGGGUGGUGCCACAUGUGAAGAUAUAUCGAGAGCGGGUGGAGUUUGUGGGGAAAAACGAUAACAACAACAUCUCCAUCUUGCUGUGGAACAUCACCUUUGAGGACGGAGGCCAGUACACUUGUUUUGGACGCAACCCCAAAGAGAAGGGCAAGAACCACAGCGCCAUCUUCAACCUCAUUGUGGUGGACGAGUUGAGGGUGGUGGACAACACUCUGGCCACCAUGAUAGCCUCAGCUGUGGGCGGAGCCAUCGCAUUGAUAAUGGGCUUCAUGCUGCUCAAGAACUUCACUCUCUUUGUUCUUUCCAAGCUUGAGGAGAAAAAUAAGGAGUGCCUUGUAACUUCAUCAGGGAUCGACAACACAGAAAACGGCCUCUCAGGAUCCAAAGCUGAUUCAAAACCAACACCAAAAAAGAAAUGAGAUAGUGCAUGUGUGCAUAUUUAUGUACUCACAUUUAUGUAACUUCUUUGCAUAUAUUUGUAUAUGCACUUGUGCACACAUUCAAAUUCAUUAUUUUCACGUUGGGAUCUUAAAAACUCUGCCUGGCUGUGGCCUACAAAGGGGAAUAUGCACAUGUGCACGCAUUGCUACCACUUGCGCAUGGAACUGUGCAGAUGAUAUACACCUAAAGCAGUCAUGAGUACACACGUUAUUUUAAAUGUGCACACAAUUCAGUCAUUUACAUCUGAACUAUAAUUGGAAUUACCAGAGACAAUCUACUUUUGGUUAUUUAGAAUGAAUCUUUUAAUUUUUAUAUAUUAUUAUAUAUUUAUUUCCAAAUUUCUACCUGGUCUGAAAUUUACCUUUAAGAUUUGGUAACUGGGUAUGAUACAAUUUAAACAUUUUGUUCAUCUAGUCCUUUUAUGAAAUUAUGAAAUGUAGCCUGAUAGAUCAAACUGUGGUAGAAAACAUGCUGCCCUGGCAACAGCAGUGAUGAAAUGUGCAGCAUUAAUGGUCACAGCACUCUGAAUCAAAAAAGAAAUAAUCUGGAACUUGCAAGCUUCAUUUCCAACCCAUCAGUUCCUCACUUCAUUCAGUAGGCCCUUUAAAAUAAAUAUGUGGUCUUGACUCCCUGUGACAAAGUCAUCAACUGGCAUAUUUAGUAGAAUGAAAGUUAACCUGUCCAUCAACAUUGUAUUUUCUGGUUUAGUGUUUGUGCUUUGAACAUGAGAUGAA